AUGGCAAAGCUCACUCUCCUUCUAGCUUCCUUCGCCCUUUUCCUCCUCGUUGCCAAUGCCUCCAUCUACCGCGCCACAAUCGAGAUUGACGAAGAGAACCCCAGCGGCCGGCAACAGAGUUGCCAAGAACAAAUCCGAAGGCAGCAGCAGCUCAGGCACUGCAAGAUGCACCUGAUGCAGGAGGUUCAAGGCCAACAAUCCUGGGCCAGCCGUGACAUAGUCAACCCACAACAACAACACCUUCGACAAUGCUGCCAGCAAUUGCAGGACUUGGACAACAGAUGCCGAUGCCAGGGAUUGGAGCAAGUGGUGAAGCAACAGCAGCAGCAGGGACAACUCAGAGGUGAGGAGAUUAGAGAAGUCAUCGAAAUCGCCAGUGAGAUUCCUAGUCGGUGCAACAUUCAACCCAGGGAAGGGUGUGACUUCCGUUCACCUUACUAA